AUGUCUCCUCGCGAUUCUCAAAGUGAUGUGGCUGUAGACAAAAGACACGAAUCUGCGCAAUUGGACUGGGAAUACAUUGAAAAUGAGGAUGAUAAUAUGCUCGUGAAAUUGGAAUACCCACGGCUGAAACAGGAGUUUCUUGAGUAUCUGGGGAGUCAUACUGAUGAUAUUGAGAAGAUCGUUACCCAGCAUGUCCGUUUGUCGCCCGGUCAACGUUGUACAGUCUCACCGCCAUCGGACUGGCUUUGUGGAAGCUUCAACGCUUGCCUUCCGAUCCACGUCAGCGGGCCAAGGCCGCAGCGACUUCUGAUCAAGUGUCCUCUUCCCCAUCGGCUCGGAGGAGUGACGGAUCCACGGUUGUUAGACGAAAAGGUUCGCUCCGAGGCUGCUUCCUUUGCGUGGAUCUCCCAGAAUUGCCCUCGAGUGCCCAUCCCAAGGCUAUGGGGAUUUGGUCUUCCCAAUGGCUUGGCUUUUACCUCCGUCUCCCGACUUCCCUGGUAUUUGCGUGCUUUUGAAUAUAUGAAAAGAGGUCUAGCAUGGAUCCUGCGAAAGCCUUUUCAUCGGCCGUUUGUUCCCCGUCGACAUCCCGCAUCUCUCAAAUCCGGCUACCUCCUGAUGGAUUUCAUCGACAAGAACCAAGGCACAUUGUUGUCCAACAGGUGGCCACUCCGUACGGAUGCCAGUGGUCAGAAACAGAAUCUCUACAGAGAUCUUUCCAGGCUCAUGCUCAAUUUGGCCCAUCCAUUGUGCAAAAUAGGCACUUUCACGGUCGAUAAUGAUGGUGAAGUGCGUCUAAGUCAACGUCCAUUGACCCUGCAACUCGCUGUCUUGGAGAAUCAAGGCAUUCCCACUGAAAUCUCACCAAAUACAUGUUAUUCGCGGUCCGACCCUUAUUUCCAUGACCUCUUACGCUGCCAUGACCUGAAAUUGCAGCAUCAGCCAAACUCAGUCCGGUCAAAACGUGAUGCAGAAGGACAAAUGGCUGUUCUAACUAUCAUGCGGAGUCUGACGGCGGCGUUCACGCAGCGCGAUCUUCAACAUGGACCUUUCAUAUUUCGAUUGACGGAUCUCCACCCGAGUAAUAUCUUCGUGGACGAACAAUGUAACAUCAAGGCAGUUGUUGAUCUUGGAUGGAGUUGCUCCUUGCCAAUCGAAACGCAGCAUCCGCCAUUCUGGCUGAGCGGACACGAACUCGAUGAGAUGGAGGGAGAGAAUGUUGCAGACUUUGAUCGCACAUGCAACGAGUUUCUCGACAUAUUUGAACAAGAGGACAGAUUUGGGGUCCGUGACUCACCACUGGAGCCGGGCCUUUGUACAACAGUGAUGAGAACUGCUCUAGAGAAGAAGAUGCAUUGGUACUGGAGCAGCUUGAACGAGCCGAGAGGCAUGUACAAUCUGUUCAUGGAUAACAUACAACCAAUGUUCGCCCCGUCACAUUCAGAAAGGGGGCAAGCAACCCGGUUUCAGCAAACCAUUGCGCCAUACUGGUCCACUGCUUCUUCCGCCUUUAUCGAGGACAAGGUCCGCGAUCUGGAAGACUAUCUAGAGCGAGUGCGGGCAAAGAAGCAGGAGUAUUCUGGGCUGUGCCCGUGA